GACAGGGCCACGAUGGGGAUAAUUUUUCUGUUUCUGCUGGUUGCAUUAGCAGCCGUUGGAGAAAGUCAUGGUAAACAGGGACACUUGUUGCGCUCCAAAAGAAGAUGGGUCCUGUCCACAAUUGAGUUAGAGGAGGAAAUGAAAGUGACAUAUCCAUACAAAAUUUCUACGAUGUAUAAUGACAAGACUGAAGGGAAAGCAUAUGAAUUUGUGAUAAGUGGCGAUGGUGUAGACGAAGGAUUGUUCUCUAUUGAUAAAAAAUCUGGAGACGUGUUUGUGCACCAACCAAUUGACAGAGAGAAAAAGUCAACAUAUCAUAUCACUUUUGAUGUUUUGAACCCAGAAACCGGACAAGGACUUGACAAGAACCUAGCUUUUGAUGUCGAUAUAAAGGACAUAAAUGACAACCCACCUAGAUUUGUCAAUUUAAAGCAAAAAGCCGCUGUGAUGGAGAAUGCAGAGGAGGGCUACCUGGCUGCAUCUAUUGAGGCUGUAGACUUCGAUCAGGAAAACACAAUUAAUUCAACAGUUAAGAUCAACGUGACUAAGCAAGAGCCAUCAUCUCCCCAAAUUGUAGCACAUCAGAUUGAUGACAGAAUGGCUCGACUCAAAUUUAAAGGAUGCUUUGAUUACAGUAAAGCAAACAUGUAUAAAAUUCACGUUAUGGCAUAUGAUCUAGGAAAGCCACCCCUUAACAGCACUGCUGUUAUUAAUCUCUUUGUUAUUGACAAAAACAGUCAUCAACCAACAUUCAAGCAGAGGGAGUACCAAGUUAAUGCUAUGGAAAUGACCACCUAUGAUGAUCUUAUGAGAGUUUCAGUGGAGGACAAAGACACUCCAAACACAAACGGCUGGCGUGCCAAGUACUACUUCAUCAGCGGCAACGAGGAAGGAAUCUACAGCAUUAAAACUGACCCAAAAACAAACGAGGGUGUGCUGAGCAUUGUGAAGGAAAAGAAUUUUGCCGUAACCACUUUGGUAAACUUGAAAAUUGGUGUUGAAAAUAUUGAACCGUUAACUAUUUGUAAAGACAAUAAACUGAUCAAAGAGCCAAAGAAUCUUCCACCUCAAGAUUCAGUCAAUAUCACAGUGACAAUGAAUGACACCAAUGAUGCACCAGAGUUUGAAAAAUAUUCAGAUGAUGUGUACCAGACGGAGGAAUCGGAGCCAGGCCAAGUGCUGUACAAACCAAUUGUUAAGGAUAUCGACUCUCCCACAUUCAGGUUUAUCCUGGUAGAUGAUCCAGCUCACUGGGUGUCUAUUGAUGAAAAAACAGGAGAAAUCAAAACAAUCCAAAAGAUGGAUCGAGAGUCCCCUUUUGUCGAUGAGGACAAUGUUUACAAAAUUGUCAUUGCUGCAAUUGAUGAUGGAGUACCUGCUGCCACAAGUACAUGCACUGUCAAGGUGCACCUCAGAGACAUCAAUGACAACACUCCCACACUGGUCAACAAGACCAUGAUCAUGUGUGGAAACAGAGUCAACAAGAUCAUGGUCCCUGUUAGGGAUGCUGACGCUGAGCCGUUUAGUGGCCCCUUCAGUUUUAACUUGGAGAAAGAUGAAACUGUGAAUCAACGCUGGAAAUUAGAACCUGCUCACGGUGAAGUGUGUGGCCUUGUUAGCCGGACAACACUGCCCUAUGGUAACUACUCUGUGCCGCUGGUGAUUGAAGAUAAACAGAACAUGAUUGGACAUCAGACUCUGGAAGUGAUUUUGUGCGACUGUGAUGACGGUGAUGUUUGCCGUAAAGAAAUGCCACUCACAACUAACAUGUCUGGAGCAGGCAUUGGACUCAUUGUUGCUGGAUUGCUUUUGUUUUUGUUGCUUUUGCUCGCUAUUGGGUGUUGGGCUGGAAAGAAGACAUUUAAAUAUAUGGAGAACGAUGAGGGCAACCAGACGCUCAUCAAGUACAACCAAGAAGGAGGGGGUGCUACUUGUAUGGCUGAACCUCCUCUUCUCCUGACACCAACCACUGAUAUAAAUGUGACAGAUGGCAUCAAGCAGGGCUUUGUGCAGCAAACUGAGUUGGCCCCGGGGAUGUUCAGCACUGUGGACACGUACAACUCAGUACACAAUAUUUAUAACAUGCAGACAACAAGCUUGGGGCAACAGAGAGGGUCUCGUAGAAGUUAUGAGGGGCCAUCCAGAAGUGCAUCCUGGAAUUCCAACAGGAGGCAAACAGUUCAAAAGUCAAUCUACAAACAUUCUAUGAGCUCAUGGUCAGAUAACAGGCGCCUCGGAGGUCAAAUCAAUCAGAGAGUUUACACAAUAAAUGAAGAUGACCCGAGUUUCAUGGAAUACAACCCUGUCAUCUAUGGCUAUGAGGGCGAGGGCAGCAGAUGCCAAUCACUGGACCAGCUGUCGAUCAACAACCAGGAUGACGAUCUGCACUUUUUGGAUGAUCUUGGGCCAAAAUUCAAGAACUUGGGAGAGAUCUCUAAGAACUCCCAAAACAUACAGAUGUAAAAGGCACUGCUUGGAUGGAAAUUUUGAUGUAAACUCUUCCUUCCUAGUUUCUGAUUACAGUUGUGGACUGCUUUAAGUGGACUCUAGUUGGAUUUUCUACCUAUGUAUUUUGUAAACUAUGGACUUGAACAUGUCACAUCUUUCAAGCCAGGUAUUGCAUAGUUGCACCUAUCCAUGAAACAUGCUUUCUGUACAGCAUGUCACGCUCUGGUGAUUCUAAAAGGCUGGAUUUUCUUAGUAACUGGAUGUAUUUGCUUUUCUAUUUUUCUAAGGCAUAAGGUUUAAGUAUCACUUAAAAGAGCAAUAUUUCAAGCUUGGUGGUUUUGCCAGGAGAGUAUUAUUUUGACAUUUACUGUAACAGAAGGACUGUGGGUAUUUUUUUGGUUUGUGAAAUAUAAAGUUCAUAAGUACCUA